CAAGUUUUUGUAGAAUGUACUAAUUAAGUCCAAACUUUGAUUAGUACUUGUUAUCGUUCAGAGCGAAGUAUAUAGUGAUGAACCAGCAACAUCAUUGUGUUCCUACUUGGAAUAACUUAGAGGAUGUUGGCCAUGUUCCUAAAGCGCCGUCGAUGUCGCCGCCACAAUCACAACAACAGGAACCACGAGUAUUGGCUGCUCUUUCUCAUUAUCCUUCUUUUGCUGCUGCUCCUGAUAUCUCCAUGUUAGAUUACGAAAUGGCAGAAUUAACAUGGGAAAACGGACAAUUAACGAUGCAUGGGUUAGGAAUAGCGCGUGUACCAAGCAAAUCCAAUUUAGCCGACGCUGUAGCAUGGGCUGACAAACCAACUACACGCACUAACGAUACCCUCGAGUCUAUUGUGAACCAAGUUUACCCCCACAACAAACCAACGUCUCAACAACCACAUAAAGGCGUGUGUGAAAAAGAUGAUGAUGAUGAUGAUCGAGUCCCAUGGUAUGGUUCCACACGUAGUAGUCCGGUUCCACCGGCUUUUGACGCGCUUGUUCCAACGAAUAAUGUUGUUGGGUGUUCGACACAUGAAGGAUCAUGUAGUACGGCGGCGCGUGUACCCAUGGGUUCUGAUUGGAGCGUGAGUGCGAGUGUGUCGGAAACUACACGGAAAAGGAAGCACGCUGAAGACAAGUGUGAGGAAUUGAUGGGUAUGAAAAAUAAUUUUAAAGGAAUCAGACAGACAUCUUUUACGACAUCGCCGGAAAAUACCAUGAUUUUUACCGUUGACGACCAUGACUCGGUUUCUCAUAGUAGACUUCAGAGGGAGAGAGGUGUAGAGGUGACGGAUGAACAAAAACAAGAUAGGGCAAAAUCAACUGUUUCAACUAAAAGGAGUAGAGCUGCUGCUGUUCAUAACCAAUCUGAAAGAAAAAGAAGAGAUAAGAUCAACCAACGGAUGAAGACGCUACAAAAAUUGGUUCCUAAUUCAAAUAAGAUAGAUAAGGCAUCGAUGCUAGACGAAGUAAUAGAGUACUUGAAGCAACUCCAAGCUCAAGUUCAAAUGUUAAGUAGAAUGAGCUUACCAUCGAUGCUGAUGCCUCUCGCUAUCCAACAUCAACUACAAACGCCAAUGAUGGCUCCCAUAAACAUGGGAAUGGGAAUGGGAAUAGGAAUAGGAAUGGGAAUAGGAAUGGAUCAUAUGAACAUGAACAUGAACCUGAUUGGAAGACCACAGGUUGGAGGAAUGCCUCCUCAUCUUUUGAAUUAUAUGAAUCCAUCGUCAUAUAACAUGAUUGCAUCCAGUGAUGGUAACUCUGGUGGUAGUGGAGAACAUUUCUUAUUGCCUCAAGGAACCGUGCUCCUUACUGAUCCCUUAUCAGCUUAUCUUGCAUGCCAAUCAAAU